AUGAAAGACCACUACGACUACGCCGUCGACCCCCGCGAUCUGACCAAACGUCUCAAUCGCAUCCAGAAGUCGCACUCUACGCCCAACGAUGGAGACCACGUCUCCCGACUCCCCCGACACCCUGGACGCGCAGAAGGAACCACCGCCUCCUCCCCGACCGCAUCCCUCUCGCAACUCCCUACCUUCCGCAAAUCCGCUACCAUGUCGACGACCUCGUCUGCCUCAACGCAAUUCUCAGGCAUGCGCGCGUGCUCCUCUGCGCACGAGAGCAAAGCCAGCGCCGAGGUCCGCAGAGGCAACUUCUCGAAGCCAAGGGCCGGCAGCGCGAGGAGGAGGUACAGCGGUGGGAGCGAAGGCGCGAAGAGUGUGCCUGAGUUUCAGUACUACGGCCGGCAUGCGAACUCGUGGCUUUUCAAUGACUGGAGCCUCAGUGACAGUGUUAAGAAGGGGUGGGGCAGGGUGUUUAAGGGGAGGGAGUGA